CACUGGACCGCUUCCGGCUUCCGCUGGACGCUGAGGGGAGAGCGGUGCCGGUGCCAGUCCAGGACCCGGUCCCGGUCCCGCUCUCGGUCCCCGUCUCCCGCGUUUGAGCUACCAAGCGAUCCCUGGCUUGCCCAGAGGGAGUGGGAGAUGCCCAAGAAGAAGACUGGUGCUCGGAAGAAGGCUGAGAACCGGCGGGAGCGUGAGAAGCAGAUCAGGGCUUCAAGAGCCAACAUAGAUUUAGCCAAACACCCUUGUAAUGCUUCCAUGGAGUGUGAUAAGUGCCAAAGACGACAGAAGAAUAGAGCAUUCUGCUACUUCUGUAACUCUGUUCAAAAAUUACCCAUUUGUGCACAAUGUGGCAAAACCAAAUGCAUGAUGAAGUCUUCUGACUGUGUUAUAAAACAUGCUGGUGUGUACAGUACAGGACUGGCAAUGGUGGGUGCAAUCUGUGAUUUCUGUGAAGCCUGGGUGUGCCACGGAAGGAAGUGUCUCAGCACCCACGCCUGUAUCUGCCCUCUUGCAGAUGCAGAGUGCAUUGAGUGUGAAAGAACUGUCUGGGACCAUGGAGGCAGAAUAUUUGCCUGCUCUUUUUGCCACAAUUUCCUCUGUGAAGAUGAUCAGUUUGAACAUCAAGCCAGCUGCCAAGUUUUGGAAGCAGAAACAUUUAAAUGUGUUUCCUGUAACAGGCUUGGGCAGCAUUCAUGCCUGCGUUGUAAGGCUUGCUUUUGUGAUGAUCACGUGCGAAGUAAGGUUUUCAAGCAGGAAAAAGGAAAAGAGCCUCCCUGCCCCAAAUGUGGCCAUGAAACUCAGCAGACAAAGGAUCUUAGCAUGUCAACGCGCUCUUUGAAGUUUGGCCGACAAGCUGGGGGUGAAGAUGCAGAUGGAGCUUCUGGUUAUGAUGCCUACUGGAAGAACCUGUCCUCCCCCAAGGCUGGAGAUCUGAAUCUGAAUGAAUUUGAUGACUGUGAAGCAGAAGAUGAUGAGGAGGAUGAGAAUGAUGAGGGAGGGAAGGACUCGGACACGGAGACCACAGAUGUGUUCAGCAAUCUGAAUUUAGGGAGGACCUAUGCUAGUGGGUAUGCACAUUAUGAGGAGCCAGAAGAUGAAGCUUAGGAUGCUGGCAAGAAAAAAGCACAUGGAAGGAGCACUUCACUUGAGUUAUGUACAGGUCAGGAGGGCAGCUCUGUCAGGUACUUACAUAAAGAGAGAACAGUGAGACUUCUGCAGUGAUUCCAAGUGAAGUUUUUUGUUUUUUAUAUAUAAACCAAUAUUGGGCUUGUGACUGGAGGAGAAAAUGGGAAUAUUUUUAUUCUUCUAAGCAACAGAAGUAGUUUUGUCCUCGAGUUACCUACUAUAAUUGUUCAGUGCCAUUUUCUCCUAUCAAUACAGGAACAUUGGAGAACAGUACAAGUUUUUCCAAUUGUGCAUCAGAAAUUAUUUUUUACAAUGAUUUUGUUAACUGAUUUAGUAAAAAUAAUGUAGUGGUGGGUUGGUGACAGCUUUUUUUUUUUCUGUCUGCACAAUAAAGGUCAACUGCAUUUUCUAAUGAAUUGCUAUAAAUAUUGAUCCCCCUUGAACAGCUGGAAAGCAGGUGGUAUGCAUAGUGUAAAUUGACACUAAAAGAACUUCCUUGUUUAUGUAGGUAAAGCAAAUCAAUGUAGUCCUCUGUGUACCUGAACAUUACUUGCCCAGCAUUUUUAUCACUGGUUAUUGAUCAGUGGGGCUAUAGGCAGUCAUUCCAAGUGCACCCCAGAUAAUAAAAAAAUCAUUGCAAUAAAAAUGUUGGUGUAUCCUCUCUGCCACUAAAAUCUAAGAUAAUUUCUCAUUAGAUCAAGAAGAGACUGGUUUCUUCCUUGCCUGGUCUUCAACUCUUUUCCUUGUACAUGAUACAAAAAAAAAGAGACCUGACAGAAAACAACCACACACCCAGAAGUGUUUCCAGGGUUCUGAUUUGGAAGUCAACGUGUUAAUUACCAGUUUGCUCAUUAAGUGUUAGUGUUUCCUUUCCUUCUGUAGGGGACUGUUGAGAGGGUAUCAGCUUCAACAGCAGACAGGUCAAGAUACAAGGGCAGUCACCUCAAGUGUUACUCCAGCUUUUUAAAUGCCAUGCUUAAAUUCAAGAGAGCUGUUUCUUGUAAUAUGUCAAAUAUCUGAACUGAUUAUAGAAUACUUUUGUGGUGUUUUCUCUACUGUUUCUUUACAGCUAAAGGUCACAUGUUGGCAGAACAUAGCCUAUGGAGAGUAAUUUUUAGAGAUGUUGGGAUUGCCAAAUGAGCAUUUCCUAACAAAACAGGAUUGAGGGAACCUGGCCUUGAUACUUCCCUCCUGAAUGCCUCUCAUACCCAAUGCAUAAAAGAAAUGAGCCAGAAUGCAUCCAAGACAGAACUGACAAAGAGUUCAACUUGGUUAUGGUAGCUGAGGGAAUAAACUGUACUGGAGAGAGGGACAUGACCUGAUCAGUGCUUGCCAUCAGAGCUGGAGACAAAAUCACUUAAUGCACUGUCUGAAAGCCAGAUCCCCUUCAAAACCUGAAACUCUAGGGCCAUCCAGUUUCAUGUGCUGGCAAAGACCUUUCCACCUUAAAUUAUGUACAUUACAGAUGUCUUGACCCACUUUUUGCAAAACCAAGCUCAAAGUGAGAGAGCUGGGAUGGCUGCCAGUUCAGCAGCAAUUAUUUAUUUGUGAAAUUAGCCCCUGGUAGAGUUUCUGCUCAACUUGAUCUGAAACCUGGCACAGCUGAGUUCAUCUGUGGCUGGUCAGUUCCAACCACUCUGCCAGUUUUUUACUUUGGCUAAUGUUUGAAAUUCAAAGCAAUUAUACAACUUUACAGUCUUAUUGAGGACUGAGAAUAGUAUGUGAGUUUCUGCAUAUCCAUGAAGUUGUAGCUGCUUCUG